GCAUUGUUCAGCUCCUUUAAAAACGCUUCAUCUCCAUAGUGAUAGAUAGAGAGGGCAGAAGUGUGGUCUUCAGUAACACCAGGGAUCUGUGAGAUCAGGAGUAAACUUCUCCAAGGCUUCUUUACGACAUCCAUCAUACCGGUCGUCAAUAACAGAUAAAUCAUGCGACCAGAGAAAGCCCGUUUCCGGUUUGUGAAGCGCCAAAACAGAAACAUCUGUUUACACCGAGUUAUAAACAGAAGCUGGAAGGAGACUCAGGACAAACAGACUCAUUGAAUUGCAUCCAAGUGGCUACCAGGACCUAAGGAUGAGCAGGUGGGGCGAGCGGCUGAAGAAGGUGGAGCGGCUGGCUCAGUCGUUUCAGCAGAACCCCCUGACGGCGCCGUACAAACCUCGGCUGUGGCCUUACCAGCCCUCCUCUGUCUGGAAACUCUUCCCUCGACAGAACCUGGCCAUCAGCUUCGCUCACAGCUGCAAAGAGGCUGUUCAUGUUUUUGCACUUGAAAAAGAAAAAGCUUCAUUGGGCCAAAGGAUUUACCUGGUCACAAGUUACAGCGAACUGUGGCAUUACUACAGGGUGUACCCGCAGUCCUUGAUGCAUUGUUAUGAGGUGAUACCAGAGGGGGCGGUGUGUAAGCUGUACUUUGACUUGGAGUUUCACAAACCCUCAAACAAAGGAUCUGAUGGGAAGUCUAUGGUUUCCCUGCUCAUCCAGUAUGUCUGCGACAUGUUGGUGGAAGUUUAUGGGAUUGAAUGCUCUGUGAAAAAUGUGCUGAACCUGGACUCCAGCACGGAGGAAAAGUUCAGUCGACAUCUUAUCUUCAUGCUACAAGACGCAGUUUUUAAAGACAACAUCCACGUUGGAAGAUUCAUCCAUGCUAUUCUUCAGCCCGUAAUGAGCAAGCUGAAAAGCGACAGCCGUCUUCAUAAAGGGGACAUUUCACUGACAGACAACAGACACACCAAUAUUGAUUCUGAACUAACUCAGAGUCCAGAUACGAAGAGGCAGAAACAGGAAGUGAGAGAUCUCAGCUUCCUGCUGGUGAAAAACAAGGACGGUCGUGACGGUCUUUUUGUUGAUCUGGGUGUGUACACCAAGAACAGGAACUUUCGGCUGUACAAGUCCUCAAAGGUGGGGAGGAACGCAGCAUUCGCUGUGGCUGAAGACAACCAGUUCACCGCCGAACCUGCUAAAGAAAAGUCUGCUGAGGAAAAUGUCUUCCUGGCCUCUUUAGUUUGUAAUGUCAGUUUCACGGGCCAGAGGAUUCUGACAUGGGACGCCCCAGAAACAAAAGAAGUUAAAAGUCCAACAGCACAAAGUCAGCAGGGACUCGAUUCAAAUCAAGACACAUUUUCUGGCUGCCUGUCCUCUCCUUACAAAGAAGUGGACAACUUUGUGUUUACUUUGGUCAGAAAGGAUGGGGUUCAGGGAAGCAUUCGACGAUGGAACUACUUUUCUGCAGACCAACUUCUUGUCUAUGACAUUGCCAAAUACCGCUGGUGUGAAAACGUCAGCAGGUUCCAUAAGAGCAACAACAUCAUGAUUGUUGUGGACCUUAAAGAGGAGGUCUGGUACCAGAAGUGUCAUGAUCCAGACUGCAGGAACUUCAGGUCCUCAAGUUUCCCACUUCCACAAGAGAUCUGUGUCAGGUACAUCCUGACACUGGACGAGGAGGAUCAGGCGUACCUAAUGGACGACACUGGCAACAUCGAACCCAGCCAGGCCCCGAGCAGCUCCAUGCAUCUGACAGAGGCGACUCCUGAAGUGUGGGGAGACGAGCAGGACGAGCGGGAAUUUUUAAAGAGCCUGAAUGAUUUUGAACAAAGAAGUACUGAGAUCUCAGAUGAGCUGCUUCUCACAUGUGUGGCAGACUUUGACUCCUAGCGGGCGACUAAGAUCGGCGUUUUCAGUCGCCACAGGAGAACGUACUCCGAAACAAAUCAUAGUUUAAAACAACUUUUUUACUCAGUAUAAAUAAAUGGUGGUAGAAUACUAUAAAAAGAUACACAUUUUUGUAAAAAAAAA